GUUAUUAAACCCAGUAUCCCCACUUGGGAUCUUACUGUGGUGCUCGAGGCUCUCUGUGACCCCCCUUUUGAGCCCUUGGAGUCUGUAGAUCUGAAGUUCCUUUCAUAUAAAGUUGUGUUGCUAUUGGCACUAACAACUGUUAAACGGGUCGGGGAUCUCCAUGCUCUGUCUGUAAAUCCCUCCUGUAUUCAGUUUUCACCUGAUGGCUCCAAGGUGGUGCUGCAUCCAAACUCAGCGUAUCUCCCUAAGGUGAUACCUUCUKACUARAGCUCCAUGUCCAUUGAGCUUUCUAGUUUUUACCCUCCUCCUUUUGCAUAUGAGGAACAGAGGAGGUUACAUUCUCUGUGUCCUCUACGUGCACUGCGUAUUUACAUUGAUCGCACACAGGAGGUGAGGUCAUGRGAUCAGCUAUUUGUGUGUAUUGCUAACCCACUCAGGGGCAGBGCUCUGUCCAGACAGAGACUCUCCCACUGGAUUGUGGAGGCUAUCUCGUUAGCUUACAGCAGCAGGGGCCUCCCAGUCCCAUCUGGUGUGAGYGCUCARUCCACCAGGGGUGUAGCAGCAUCCUGGGCCCUAUUUAAAGGGGUACCUGUGAGUGACAUCUGUGUUGCGGCCAGCUGGUCUUCACCGCACACAUUUGUUCAGUURUAUCGCUUAGAUGUGACAGCCCCCUCGGUGGCUCACUCUGUGCUCUCCGCUGGGUCUGAUGUGCUGCACUAGCAUGUUAUUAUGACCCAAGUUUGGUGCUGCUCUGCGGGGCGUUUAUAUAUGUCC